UGGAAAUGUUCCCUCGCGUGCCACGCCAAAGCCCGAUGAAGAUGACCCGGAGUCUUUAUUGGGAAUGAUCCGAGAAUUGGUCGAAGAAACCAGUGCCUGGGACACGGGCACAGUGUUCAUGAGUCAGAAUUUCAAGAAUCUCCUGGCGCAGCCAUCCGCUCCUCAUGGAAGAGAUUUGAACGCAGAAAACAGUGUUCAACCAUCGGAGCCCGCCUUCAUCGAGUCUGAUUCCAGCCGUUCUACAGAGCUAGAUCUUGCAAGUCUUGGUAUCGAGAUGAUAAACGCCGAAUCUUUCUACUCUGGUUUCCUACAAGAGAAUGUCGAUGUGAGCACGGUGGGAGUCGCUUGGUGAAGCAUCCGAAUAUCCUGCCUCGGCAGUUUGUAUUAUACCAGACGUAUCGUCAGACACACUAUACCCACAGUCUUUGUAAUGAGAACGAUUUCGC